AUGUGGCAAGCAGUGGUAGAAAAAUAUGCCGAAAUCUCUGAACAAUACAUGGUGAUCCGGGAAUCCAUGGCCAUGCUUCGACUGAGCAGGUCUGAACUGGCUCUGUUAACAAUACGAAAAGCAUGGCACGACGCCAGAAUGGGCUGGCAGGACUGGAAAAAACACCACAACAAAACAAUACAAUUUGUCGUCUUGGCCGUGGCAAUCUUCAGUGCACUUAGCCUCUUGGACCGAGUUAUUUUACGAUUUACUUCGCUUCGCCGUCAUGGAUUGCCCGUUUUGGAGCGGCCAAAGGGUGUUCACCGAUGGGACUACGCAGCGUUGCUGAAAGAAGGCGCACGACGCUAUCCCGACGCUCCAUACAUUCUCGCAUAUUCCGGUUAUGAAUACGUCGUUUACCCAUCAUCCAGCUUCGACGAGGUCAAACGUCUUCCGGCCUCACAGGCAUCCAUGAUUGAGUGGUUUACGCACGUCUUCUUUCAAGGGUGGCGGUUCCUCGGUUAUGAGUCGAGCAGUCUUUACAAAACGAUCGGUGUAGACCUCGCCAGAGCCGUUCCGUCACAAGUCCAAGAACGGCAACAGCAUGCGCGACGGGCGUUUGAACUGGCUGUAGGCCCAUGUUCGGAGUGGAAAACCUUGCCCCUAUUUCAAACCUCCAUCGACCUGAUCGCCAUUACCAACGCCACCGGACUUGUCGGCCCGAAGCUCGGGAUGGAUUUUAGAUGGUUGAAGGCACUACAGCGGUUCGUUAUUGCAAUCAUGGGCGCCAUAUUUGCCUCCCACGCCGUUCCCAGCAUCAUUCGUCUCGUGGUCUCGCCGAUUGUGUUUACCCCGGCAUGGUGUUUUUACUAUUACAUGAAGUGGCUUUUGCGACCCAUAAUACGACACGAACUCAAGAGCCACGGCUCUACCGUGGAUAAUGGUGACAAGACCUUCAUCCCAGCAAAAGCCGACGGAAGCUUCCCAAUGACCAAGUGGCUCCUGUCACGGUACAAGGUUGACGAGGCUACCCCGGGGCAGGUGGCACACGAUUUAAUCGUGGCUUCAUUCGAGUCGACACCUUCCAUGGCGGGAACGCUUUACAUGAUAUUAUCUGAACUGGUGAUUCGACCCGCCUUGAUAGAGGAACUCCGAGCAGAAGUAUCCCACAACAUGGCAGAUGGCCGGCUACCCCGGACAAGCCUGGGGGAACUGAAGAAGCUUGACAGUCUCAUGCGCGAAUCAUCCCGCGUUCACCCUUUUGGCUACUUGACGCUCUUCCGAAGGCUGAAGCAGCCAGUUCAGCUGUCUGUUGGACCAAGGCUCCCGGCUGGGUCUCUCAUAUGUGUCGAUGCGUAUCACAUUGGGAUAUCUAAGGCCCUGUGGAGAGACCCCCACAUCUUUGACCCGAUGCGUUUCUUGAAGCUUCGAAAGCAGCCCGGCCACGAAGACAUGCACCAGUUUACCAGUCUCGGAGCAGAUUCUCCGGGAUGGGGGGAUGGCCUGCAAGCAUGCCCUGGAAGGGCUUUUGCUGGGAACACACUCAAGAUUGUGCUUGCUCAUCUACUCAUGAACUACGAUAUCAAGUUGCCACCGGGAGCGGAGAAGCCCAAGCGGUUUUCGAUGCCUAAUGGGUCUUUGGCACCAGACAUGAAAGCACAUAUCUUGUUCCGAAAGCGCAGGGUUAAGGGCGAUUGA